ACGCGCGACGGUGAUGCACGCGCCUGUGUGACACACGCGACACCGCUGAGCCAGGCUAGACCAGAGCAAUGGAAAGUAGCCAGCUAGCAUGGUAGAUAACUGCAUUGAAUCUGAAAACAAGCUAAACUGUCCAAGUUUAAGGCACCCACCUGGAUGUACAACUACGUUUGGCUGCAAGUUGACCCUAACUGGAAAGCCUAAUAGUGUUUCAAAACAAAUGUAGCCGCAAACAUCGUUUUCGGAUAAAGAUUUUGGCUAGCCCUUGGUAGCGCAGGCAGUCGGCAGUUUUGCUUAGUUAUACACUGAGAGCAAGUAAAAGAGAUACACUUGUGUGGAUUACGUAAACAUAUCAAACCAAGGUUUGUGUGAUUUUGCUAAAAUGCAUCACCAACAGCGAAUGGCUGCCAUAGGGACAGACAAAGAACUAAGCGACUUAUUGGAUUUCAGUGCGAUGCGAAACAGCGAUUUGAAAAUGUUCCCAACAUCAAUGAUGUUCUCUCCUCCUGUUAGCGGUAGAAACAGACCAACCUCCCUGGGAAGUGGACAUUUUGCAGGCUCAAACAUGGGGGACAGAGCCAGUGCAGGGACGUGGGGACAUAGAGGUGCCCCUUCAAAGAGUUAUGCUGAUGGUUCCCAGUACACUCACAUGACUAGCCGUGAAAUGGGCUCCCACCCACACGACAACAUCUCUCCUCCAUACCUCAACUCCAGACUAACAGGUAAAACGGAGAGAGGAUCCUACUCCUAUGGAAGAGACUCCAACCUACACGGGUGUCAUCAGCCGAGUCCUCCUGGCAGGAGAGAUGGGCAGUCCUGGGGCUGUGUCGCCCACCAAGCCUGGGUCGCAGUAUUACCAGCACUACAACAACAACCCUCGUCGGAGACCUCUGCACAGUGACAACAUGGAGGUCCAGACAAAGAAAGUUCGGAAAGUUCCCCCUGGUUUGCCUUCCUCGGUAUAUGCCCCAUCUGCCAGCACAGCUGACUACAACAGGGACUCACCAGGGUACCCCUCCUCCAAACCACCCAGUGGAGGGUUCCCCAGUCCCUUCUUCAUGCCAGACGGUCACCACAGUGCUGACCCGUGGAGCUCCUCCAGUGGAAUGAACCAGCCUGGUUACAGCGGCAUGCUGGGUAACUCCUCCCACGGCCCCCAGAGCAGCAGCUACUGUGGCACCCACCUGCAUGACCGGCUGAGCUACCCGCCACACUCAUCGGCAGACAUCAACCCCAGUCUUCCUCCCAUGUCCAGUUUCCAUCGUAGCAGUGCCUCCAAUCAGUACAGUACAGCUUCCUGCACUGCCACCACCAAUGGCACAGACAGCGUGAUGGGUAAGACCUGGGGACAAGGACACAGGGCUGCAGAAGACAGGACAGAAGACAGGGCUGAUUACAGUGCUAACCGGGCACCGACCAGCUCUCAGACGGGAGACGCCCUGGGGAAGGCUCUCGCUUCGAUCUACUCUCCAGACCACACAAACAAUAGCUUCUCGUCCAACCCGUCGACCCCUGUCGGCUCUCCCCCGUCACUCACAGCUGCCAGUUCUGCUGUAUGGUCCAGGAACGGAGGACAAGGUCCCUCCUCCCCCAACUAUGAGGCACCACUCCACUCUCUGCAGAGUCGUAUCGAGGACCGUCUAGAGCGUCUGGACGAUGCCAUCCACGUGCUGCGGAGUCACGCGGUCGGCCCCUCCACGGGCAUGCCCGGCGGGCACCAAGACAUGCACAGCCUCAUCGGGGCAGCGCACAACGGGGCCAUGGCAGGACUGAGUUCUGGGUACGGCACGGGACUACUCUCUGCCAACCGCCACUCAAUCAUGGUGGGCUCUCACAGGGAAGAUGGUAGCGUGGGCAUGCUUGGCAGCCAUCCCAUCAGACCCAACCAAGUGCCAGUCCCCCAGCUGCCCCAGCAGUCUGCCACGUCACCAGAUCUCAACCAGACUGAUUCAUACCGGGCUCUCUCCAGUGGUCUCCAGGGCCAGAGCGCCUCGUCCAUCUCGUCAGAGAUCAAGUCGGAGGAUGAGGGGGAUGAGAACCUACAGGAUGCCCGAUCUAUGGAGACCAAGAAGGAGGAGUCCGACAACAAGGACCUCAAGUCUAUUGACAGCAACGCGGACGACGAGGACUUGUCUCCGGAGCAGAAGAUCGAACGUGAGAAGGAGCGCAGGAUGGCCAACAACGCCCGGGAACGGCUGCGUGUCCGAGACAUCAACGAGGCUUUCAAGGAGCUGGGGCGCAUGGUGCAGCUGCACCUGAAGAGUGACAAGCCACAGACCAAACUGCUCAUACUGCAUCAGGCCGUGGCCGUCAUACUGAGUCUGGAGCAGCAAGUCAGAGAGAGGAACCUGAACCCUAAGGCAGCGUGUCUGAAGAGACGUGAAGAGGAGAAAGGCUCGUCGGACGGCGGAGCGACCCUCUCCCUGGCCGGGCCGCACCACGGCAUGGGGGACGCCUCCAACCCAAUGGGACAAAUGUAAAACCCCCCUAAAUGGUCCAAGCUCCCGGAGUUCAUCAAGAUGAUGAGUGACCACUUCCUUUGACAACAUUCUCUUAUUUCCUGAACCAAUCAAUCAACCGAUCACGUCAAUCAACGAUCGAUCGAUCUGACCAACGUCUUGCCCUGACAACCUGUCUUUUGUCUCCUGUAGAAAUAAAUGAACCCACAUGUAUAUUGGCUAUGGAACAACAUAACAGAUACUACAAUACUACAAUACUACAGUACUACAGUACUACAAAUACUACAAUACUACAGUACUACAGAUAUUACAGUACUACAGAUACUACAAUACUACAGUACUACAGAUAUUACAGUACUACAGAUACUACAAUACUACAGUACUACAGAUACUACAGUACUACAGUACUACAGAUACUACAGUACUACAGAUUCUACAGUACUACAGAUACUACAAUACUACAGUACUACAGAUUCCACAAUACUACAGUACUACAGAUACUACAGUACUACAGAUAUUACAGUACUACAGAUACUAAAGAAACUACAGAUACUACAGUACUACAGAUACUACAAUACUACAGAUACUACAAUACUACAGAAACUACAGUACUACAGAUAUUACAAUACUACAGUACUACAGAUAUUACAAUACUACAGAUACUACAGUUCUACAGAUAAUACAAUACUACAGUACUACAGAUACUACAGUACUACAGUACUACAGAUAUUACAAUACUACAGAAACUACAAUACUACAGAUACUACAGUACUACAGAUACUACAAUAACUACAGUACUACAGAUACUACAGAUACCACAGUACUACAAUACUACAGAUACUACAGUACUAUAUAUACUACAGUACUAUAGAUAAUACAGAUACUACAGAUACUACAGUACUACAGAUUCUACAGUACUACAGUGCUACAAUACUACAGAUAAUACAUAUACUAUAGACACAACAGUACUAUAGAUAAUACAGAUACUACAGAUUCUACAGUACUACAGUACUACAGAUAAUGCAUAUACUACAGUACUACAGAUACUACAGAUUCUACAAUACUACAGAUUCUACAGUACUACAGAUUCUACAGUACUACAGUACUACAGAUAAUGCAUAUACUACAGUACUACAGAUACUACAGAUUCUACAAUACUACAGAUUCUACAGUACUACAGAUUCUAGAGUACUACAGAUUCUAGAGUACUACAGAUUCUAGAGUACUACAGAUUCUACAGUACUACAGAUUCUAGAGUACUACAGAUUCUAGAGUACUACAGAUUCUAGAGUACUACAGAUUCUAGAGUACUACAGUACAAUACAUUUGUUCUUAUUUCUUUCUGUUAUUAUAUAUCUUAAAGAUUUUUAAAAAAUGAAAAAAAAUAUAUAUAAUAAUUGAUGCAACUACUCGAUGUUGGGGGACUAUUUCAAACAUAUCAUUAUGUUUUUUAAACAAUGUUUAACAAUGUUGCAGACUGAGCUGUUAGUGAACACAGCCCUAUCAACUGAAUGGCAAUCUUCUCCACACUGUGGAAACUCUUGCAGUAGUGCCUGAAAUCCUCCUUGAUGUUUCAAGUUAGCUAGAUAUAUAUGAAAACUCAAUCAGUCAGUCUAGACGGGAGAGGGUAUUAAUAGAAUAUGAAAAGUAGACAUUAUGUAGAAUUUCGAAGUAUUGUAAAAACACGCAAUAAUGACAACAACAAAAAAGUGUACUUCUAAUCUAAAACAGAACAGAUUCAUUUUGAGAUAACACUUUGUUUUGGACUGUAUGCUAGAAUGGAUAGAGGCAAAAAAAAAAUGGCUGCCCCUUAUACUUAUAGCCACUCGAAACUAGCAAAUGUCCAGAUUCAGAUUUUAAAUGUGUUUUCAUUGGCCAUUCCUUUGCGUGGGCGGAGCAGAUGAGCAAAUGGACCCUUGUGAUUGGAGGGCAGGCCGUUGGUAGUGUUACUGUUCGUUAGCCCAUGUUACUAGGCAGAUGAAGGAAGGACGGAGAGAAAAGAAAGGGUGGAGAGAUUGUCUCCUUGCUGUGUCUGUCACACAGACAGAUCCAGAACAAAGUCUCUCGCCCCGUGAUGACGUCACUUCCUGGUUGGUGAUGUCACGUCCUGGUUGGCGAUGACGCUGCGUCGGAAAGGCACAGCCAGAGGGGGGAUGUACAUCCCAGAGGCCGAGCAGUCGGUCAUCUUGUAUGAUUUGUCUGAUUUAUAAACCCCGGUCUAGCACUUCACACCCCCCUCUGUCACCCGCCCCAGUUCUCCCUUCCUGCCCCAAUCCCCAGACCCUGCAAGGCUCCAGAGAUGCAAUUUUAACAUUCACUUCUACCAAUGUGCCUUUCAGAGUUCAUAUCAUUCAAAUGCGAUGAGGAGGAAACGGACGUUAUCUGAACUUUUUAGGAUUCAAGCUUAGGGAACUGUUAGUUAUUAGGUCUAUGCAGUCAGGUUUUUUCCGACCUGGGAAUUCAAAAAAAGAAAAAGAAAUCAGUCAAAAGAGAAAAAAAAGUAUUUUUGGGAUAAACUGUAUUUAAUUGUACUGUAUGCUUAUAUGUAAUUAGAUGACGUGUCCCUCAACAGACCUUGUUUUAGUCAGUUGAGCCCCCUGGCGGCCCCAGCACCCCGAGUUUCAGACCCCUUCCUGUAUUAUUCCAAGUUUCAGCCCGUUUCCAUAGUGACCUACACGUCUGUUAUUGAGCGUUGUAUUAUAGCUAUCAGCUUUUUUAUCAAUAUUGGCUUGUCCGUGAGCCCCUGUAGUCUUCAGUACCCGUGUGUGGUUGUAUGUGUAAAACAGAACCUUCUUCCUCUUUUUGAAAUCUUUCUCUUAUUCUUUGUCUGUUCUGGUUUCUCCGUUGAUGAAAAAAGUACUAAACCACAACUUGCUGCCCUAUGGAGAUUCGUCAGCAGCUGUUUUUAAAUGUGGUUUACAUUAUCCAAUCAACGCAAAGGCACUGAAACUGGAAGAUAAUCUAUUUGAAAAAUCUAUAUAUAUAAAUGUAAAAAUAUAUACAAUAUAUAAAUAAGGAAGGUGCCAGUUUUCAGAGGAGAGGUUGUUUUGGUGGUGAUUAAUUAUUUUCUCAGAGAUGGGUAGAAGGUUUGAAAAGGCAUCUCAGUGUUACUUUAAAGAGACAAGACGCGUUCUUCUCUGCUGUGCCGUGACAUCACAAUGACUGACUAUGGCGUCCCUGACUGGACAAAAGGGACCGGUUUUCUCUGGCAGGGCCGUGACAUCACAAUGACUGACUAUGGCGUCCCUGACUGGACAAAAGGGACCGGUUUUCUCUGGCAGGGCCGUGACAUCACAAUGACUGACUAUGGCGUCCCUGACUGGACAAAAGGGACCGGUUUUCUCUGGCAGGGCCGUGACAUCACAAUGACUGACUAUGGCGUCCCUGACUGGACAAAAGGGACCGGUCUUCUCUGGCAGGCCGUGACAUCACAAUGACUGACUAUGGCGUCCCUGAUGGGACAAAAGGGACCAGAGUUACAACAUGCUCCACUCACUGCUAUUCAGCCUUUCAAAGGAAACGCAGACAUUUGUCAAUUGUAUGCAACAAAUGCAAACUGACGAUUAUUUUGAAAUUGUGUAUGUAAAAGUUAUAUUUUUACAUGUAGGCUGUUGUUAUUUUGUGUUUAGAUAAUACGUUGUGUUAGUUUUUUGUUAAAAGAUGAAAAAGUAACAUUUGGUGUUGAAAACAUGUCACAUUGAAAAUGUAGUCAAAGGUUUCAAUAUCAUAUUUGUUUAGUUUUUUUUCAGCAUUUUGUUUGUUUAUAUCAAGAAGGUAUAUAAUAUUAUUUUCAUGCUCCAUGCUCAUUGCCAUUUUUUCAUUGCCAUUUUUCAUUGUAUUUUUGAAGAAAUAAUGUAUAAAAUAAGUCAUAAUUACACAGGGUUCAUGACCUUUUGGUUGGGGGUGCUGGUGGUGAAUAGCUGAAAGUGGGAGAGAAUUGAGUUGAUUUGAUCAGUUGUAUUCUGCUUGUAAUUGUCUGGUUAUUCUAGCCAGGUGCCAAUAUUAAUUAAAUAUCAAUGGCACGUAA